CUGUUUGAGAAACGUUUUUUCCGGAAUAUUUUGGAGGUGGGACUCGUUUCCGGGAGCUGUCAGCUGGGACACAGCGGGAUCAGUUGCAAUGAGUUUUGAGUGGCCGUGGCAGUAUAACUUCCCUCCGUUUUUCACGCUACAGCCCAACGUUGACACCAGACAGAAGCAGCUGGCGGCAUGGUGCUCCCUGGCGCUGUCCUACUGCCGCCACCACAAACUCUACACCCUGGACGUCAUGGAGGCCCAGGAGAGCCCGGUGUUCAACAACAAGAAGAUAGAACGAAAACUGUCAUUAGAGGCCAUUCAAGUUGUGUUUGAGGAGCUGAGGAAAAAAGGAAACCUUGAAUGGUUGGACAAAAACAAGUCUCGGUGUUUAGUCAUGUGGAGACGGCCGGAGGAAUGGGGCAAAUUGAUAUACCAGUGGGUUUCCAAAAAUGGGAUGGUCAACACAGUGUGUACGCUUUAUGAGUUGUCCAAUGGCGAUGACACAGAGGGUGAAGAAUUUCAUGGUCUAGAAGAGUGGAUGCUGCUGCGCUCGCUGCAGGCGUUACAGACUGAGGGCAAGGCGGAGAUCAUUACCAUGGAUGAUGGGAAGGGGGUCAAGUUCUUCUGAAAUCAUACGGGAAUCCAACCCUAAAUCUGUGAACUCGUACCUUUGUAAAGGCAUUAAAAGGCCAGCCACUGAAGGCUACAUGAAGUGCACCUCAAUGCCCAAUCCAGUGGAUGCUGGUAAUUGUUGUUGCCUUUUGGUUCACCCAAGUUCAAAGCCUUUUCUCAUUGGAAGGGAACCAAUAUCGUAUGUAAGUCUUUGGGAAACAGCAGCUGCGGUGGCACAACUUGUGAAGUUGUCGCUUUGUUUAAGGUAACCAUUGCUAUUCGUAGCAUUUGUUGCCAGUUAAACUCACAGCAAAUCUAUCAGGGGAGUUAGAACUAUUAUAUCUGAAUUCUCUUGGGGAAAGACUUUUCCCACCAGCUGUAACUUCACUCUCUGUUGUAUAUAUGACUAGUUUUACUUCUAUUUUCCCUUUUAACAUAUCUACUUGGUAUAUUUAGCUGUGGACCUUUGCUCAGCUUUCAUGGGUAUUUUCCUCUGUACCAUCGCAUCAGGCGUUCCAAAGAAAUCCCCGAACAAAACAUCAGCAAGACAAUUAUUUUGGGAGUAUCGGAAAUAUGAAAUGCCUCCAAAAGAGGAAUACCACAGGGACCAGGGCUCCCAGCCCGGCUCUGCUUAGCUGACUGUAAUAAUGGUGGACCUCGUACAGAUCGCUGUAAUCCUAUAGUACAGAACCUGCUGUGACACUCUUGUCAUCCUCUCUGUAUUCAAACUCCUUUUUGGUAUCCUGUAGGAAAAUAAAUAAGAAAUUUGCUAAA